AUGGCGGACAUCUCCGCAGCCACCCUCAGACGCAGAAGGGAAUUCCUCCACACCACCACGGAGCUACGCACCCACGGCAUCAGAUACAGGUGGGGUUUUCCCACAAAACUUAUACUCACCAAAAACGGGAAAACGGUGCAGAUCUCGACCCCGGAGGAAGGGAAGAAACUGCUCGCCAGUUGGGGCCUAGACCAUAACUCCACCAUGGGAACAAAGUCCAACUCCCCCAGGCCCAGCCGCAAUAUGAACAAAGACUGA